AUGUUUCAAACAGACUUGAGAAAAAUGGAGCAGAGGAUAAGAAGUCAAACGGAAAUAGAAUCGACAGUAACUGCGUUACUCCGACAGCUCGAGGAAGGGGACCGGCGAGUGAUUACUCUUCAGAAGCAACUAAGGGAGACGAAUCAACAGUGUUUAGAAAGAGAGGAACGAGUAGAAAUCUUACGAACAGACUUGAAUGAGGUGAAGCGCGAGUUAACAAAUAAAAUGACGGUGAAUGAGGCAAGAGAAAAUGAGUUGCAUCAACAGCUCGAAGAAAGGGAUCAGCAAAUAGAAAACCUUCAGAUACAACUGCGGAAGCUGGAACGGCAGCUGAGAGAGAAAGACAAACGAGAAGAACUUUUACAAAGAGAUCUAAAAGAGAUGGAGCAACAAUUGCAAAACGAAAUGACGCAGAAAGAGUCGAAAGAAAGGUACCUGCAUAAACAGCUGCGAGAAAGAGAUCAGUAUAUAGAAGACAUUCAAGAAAAACUGAGGGAGAUGGGACAACAGUUGAGACAGGAAGAAGAACGAGAGGAAAUUUUCCAGAUUCAGCUUAAAGAGAUGGAACGACGACUGAAAGAGGAAGACACUACGUUUAAUAUACGGCUCAAAGAUAAAGACCAGCAAAUAGAGAACUUGCAGAAACAGUUGACUGAGAAAGAAGAACGAGAGCAAAGGUGGAAAGAAAAAAUAAAGAAAACUGAAACGAGAGAAACAUGGUUUCGUGAUCAGCUUAUUGAAAGAACCCAACGAGUAUCAAACUUUCAAAGAAAGUUGAGUGAAAAGGAGCUGGAGUGCAGAGAGAAAGAAGAACGAGAAGAAAAUUUACGAACACAUCUUGGCGAGUUACAGCAGCAGUUACGGGAAAGGGAAAAUUUGCAGAGACAGGUCACGGAGAUGGAAGACCGAUGGAGGAGUGCUCAACGACAACUUGCAGAGAGAGAAGUGGAAAGUGCUAAUUUAAGGCAACAAGUUGCGAUUCUGGAGGAUAAAUUGGAUUCACAGUUCUGCGACUGGAUUAUCCCUCGAGAUGAGAUUCAAAUAUCGGAUAUCACUCUUGGAGCUGGAGGCUGGGCAGAGGUGUUUGAAGGCAGGUAUUGUGGGUGCUCCGUCGCUGUCAAACAAAUGCACGAAACCAUCGUUUCUCCUCAUAACCAGAGUUUGUUCUGGCGAGAGAUUGACAUCGCCUCAAGAUGCCGCCAUCCUUGCUUACUGCAGUUUAUCGGAGCAACUAAUGACGAGGGAAUUCCCCUCUAUGUCACGGAGCUCAUGGAAACAAGUUUGAGGCAACUGUUAGAGCAGCGACCUCUUUCCAAGGCCGAAAUAUCUGUUAUUGCUCUGGAUGUGGCUCAAGCUUUAAAUUACCUUCACCAAAAGAAACCUUCUCCGAUUAUCCACCGUGACAUCAGCAGUGGCAAUGUGUUGCUAUGGCGACAAGGAAAUCGAUGGCGAGGGAAAGUUUCUGAUUACGGCGCCGCCAAAUUCAAGGAACAGAAGAUGUCAAUUGGUCCUGGCUGUUUUGCCUACAGCGCUCCCGAAGUAAAUAAAUCUUCGAAUCAGACGGCGAAGGUUAGGAGAUAUAUAAUGCACCUAUUUGCCUUACUGCGUAACUUACAUGCAACCACCACUGCCCUUGUCGUAUGGAUAAAUUACUGAGUUACAUAGCAAUAGUUUUCCAUACUAUUUAAAGCGGUAAAAGAGUGAUAAAAGAGAAAGUUGAUGAGACACUUGAAUAAAAUAAUUCGUAAAGUCGUUAACGCGGGAACACAUUUCCUUGAACAGCUUACCAACAAGUAUUUCCUGUUUAAUUGGAAAGGAAAAGAUGUCUUGUUGUCUCAGGCUCUCAAAUGAAGUAGUUAAAGUACAUUGGAGUAGUAAUUUAAAUGGAAUGAUAUGAUGGAUUGUUUAUCAUACAGAUGGAAUGAUAAUUUAGCUCUUUUAGCUCGCAUUUACAUUUUGUAAACGUGACAAAAAGGUUACUUUCAAUGAUUUAGAAAAAAACAAGUUACCUUUUUGUUAAAACCGAGGGAAGAAAUAUUCUUUAAAUGCGCAGACCUUUUUUAAUUUCGUCCAUCUGUCUAUUUUUGCAUGGUUAAUCACUCUAUAAUACUGCCGAGUGAUACUAUCACUCGGCAGAAUAAGCAUGCAGUUCCCUUUGACAAGCGAUAAUAACAAGGCCGUAAAGAUUGCCAAUUAUAGUCAAACCCUUUACAUCAGUUCAGUCUUAAGAACUUCGCCAAGUACAUGAAAUAGGUACUAAAAAUCUCGUUACACUAAUCAAAGACCUAGCCGAGCAUCUAGAACAAAGAUCAAUAAUUUGAACAACCUUGAAGGGCGAUUAUAAAACACAAACGCAUAGCAUUGUACCGUGAACGACAGCAAGUCGCUUCCACGAACUCUCUUGAUCGUGCCUGGUAAUCGUCUCAAGGGGAGGGAAAGUAUUCCAGAUUCAAUAAAAUUUAAAUUAUUCCCGAGACUCGAAUGAUAAUUAAUUUUAAUUUAAUUUUUUUGUUGCUGUUUUUUUUUAAGAUUGAUGUCUACAGUUUCGGUGUUCUCCUGUGUGAAAUGUGCUCCUUUAAGCAGUUUCCAGACCCACAAAAGCGCCUAGCGCAAGUAAAUAUGGUAAGAGACCAUGGCCUGCGAGAACUCGUGCGUCGAUGUCUGAAGACAAAUCCCAGGGAAAGACCAGACAUGACAGAGAUCAUAAGUGAACUGGAGAGGUUGCGUUGAAACCGACAGUUAGGUCAUAGCCUUUUUUAUUCGAUCUGUCCGAAAUAUGCCUGGCUUUGCAAGUUCUCUCGUAUCUUGUUGCCGUGAGACUUGCGUUUAUUU